UACAAUGACCAUGAAAUAAUAUUACUUGCAACAGCAAACUACAUUCAUUUUAUACACUUCUUCACAUAUUGUGGGUGUUUUGAUGCAUUCAUAAACUUACUAGUUUAUUAAGUUUUUAUUUUUAUUAAAGUAUAUCUAUAUCUAAAGUAUACUGAAAUGGCAAAUUCAACUAUAGAAGUGAAAUUUAAUCAGAUAUUUAUCAACAAUACGUUUGUAAAUUCAGUAAGCGGAAAAACAUUCACCACGUUUAAUCCUGCCAAUAAACAAAAGAUCACUGAUAUUUCUGAAGGAGAUAAGGCUGAUGUUGACCUGGCCGUUAAGGCAGCAAGAAAAGCGUUUAAACUAGAGUCAAAAUGGCGAACUAUGGGUGCUACUGCUAGAGGCCAUUUAAUAACAAAAUUAGCUGAUAUAAUAAAUGUUCAUAAAGUUGCUUUGGCUAAUUUAGAAACUUUAGACAAUGGGAAACCAUAUGAAGACUCUUUAACUGAUAUUAACAAUGCUGUUUCCGCCUUAAAAUAUUAUGCUGGGUUUGCGGACAAAAUUCACGGAAAAACAAUUCCUACAAAUGACCUAAACUUUGCAUACACCUUAACACAACCUGUUGGUGUAGUUGGUCAAGUCAUCCCUUGGAAUUAUCCUAUUUUAUUACUCGCUUGGAAAUGGGGUCCAGCACUUGCAGCCGGUUGUACUAUGGUAUUGAAACCAGCUGAACAAACACCUUUAACAGCGUUGUACAUAGCAGCUUUAUCAAAAGAGGUAGGAUUUCCUGAUGGUGUUAUUAAUGUCGUUCCGGGAUAUGGACCAACAGCUGGUGCAGCUAUAGCUAGUCAUCCGGAUAUUAAUAAAGUGACAUUUACUGGUUCUACAGAGGUAGGUAAAAUAAUUAUGGAACAAGCUGCAAAGUCUAACAUGAAACGAGUCACUUUGGAAUUAGGAGGCAAAAGUCCUCUUGUAGUAUUUGAUGAUUUUAACGUUGAUGAAGCAGUCAAAAUUGCUCAUGAUGCUGUAUUUUCUAAUAUGGGACAAUGCUGUUGUGCGGGAACAAGAACAUUUGUACAAGAAGGCAUUUACGAUGAAUUUGUAGAAAAAGCUGCGAAAUUAGCCUCAGAAAUGAAAGUUGGUAAUCCAUUUGAAAGUGACACUAAAGUUGGACCUUUGAUUGAUGAAACACAAUACAGCAAAGUUCUUAAUUUAAUCGAGUCUGGAAAGCUACAAGGAGCCAAAUUGGAAGCAGGUGGGUCUAAAGUUGGAGAUGUUGGAUAUUUUGUACGACCAACUGUAUUCUCUAAUGUUACUGAUGAUAUGAGAAUAGCCAAAGAAGAGAUAUUUGGACCCGUUCAGCAAAUCUUGAAAUUUAAAACUAUUGAUGAGGUAAUCGAACGCUCCAACAAUACUGAAUAUGGUUUAGCAGCUGGUAUUUUGACCAAAAACAUUGAUAUUGCAUUAAAGUUUUCUGAAAGCGUCGAUGCAGGAUCAGUAUGGGUUAACUGCUAUCUAGCUGUGAAUCCACUAUGCCCAUUUGGUGGUUUUAAACAAUCGGGACAAGGCAGAGAAAUGGGAGAAGAUGGAUUGAGUGGAUAUCUAGAAAUAAAAACUGUUUCUAUUAAAAAACAUUUAUAAUCCUUUUUAUGAAAUAAUUUAUAAUCUAUGAUACUAAAUUAAUUACAUUUACAAAGUUUUGAGUUAUUAUGUUUCAAAAUUUAUUAUUUAAAAUAUUGUUAGCAUUUUUUUUUUUUUUUUUUAAUGAAUAUUAUUGAAAAUAAUAUUAUGUAAGCUUUAUUUCUAUUUGUGUUAUAAUAUUAAAGAGGAAAAUAGAUUA